CGCGGGAAAAGAGAGGUGGAGGGGCAGCAGCAAGGGUUUGGUUAGUGCUCUACUUCGGUUUGGUGUUGGCAAUAUUUAUCUUUUCAGAAUGCCUAAAAGAUCGUGCCCUUUCACUGACUCGUUUUCGACUCAGUAUAAAAUCCAUGUGGGACAAAAGGAAUUGAAUCUGCACGGGGUUUUCGGAAACAAAUACAGACAGGAAGUUUACGAAAAAACCAAGAACCUGCUCUUUAACGGGACCCGAGCUGUAAUGGAGAGAAUUUGGAAGGUUGACGCGGAGGGCAAGUGUGCUGAUGUGGAUAAUCAGGGUGCUGUGGCGCCUGCAAAUCAGCAGCUACUUAAAGGACAGACUCUGAUUGGGAUGGAUGGGAAACUGAAGAAAACCAAAGCAGCUUCUGGCAGUGUGUCUGCUCCGUCUGCGUGUGCCGUGUGUCAGAGGUCAUCAGGAGUGAGGACGGCGUGCUCUCAGUGCGAUCGUCCUGCGUGUCCCGCCUGCACACAGCAAUGCAGCAGCUGUUUCAGUCCCUGCUGCUCCGUCUGCACCAUCACAGAUUACACAGAGCGCUAUGACAAAGUCGUCUGCUGCAGCUGCUCGUCAUGAGAGAGAUGCGGAGACGGACCAGACUGAUGGCUGAAGAAAAGCAUUACCAGUGUUCUUGUAUUUUGCUUGUAAUAAACUUUAGUACGUUCCACACUGUAAAUGAAUUUUAUAUACCUUUUACACCCAUGUAAUCAUGUUUUGUGUACAUAUGUAUUUUAAUGGUUUAAAUAAAUACUUUAACAGUU